AUGUCCUCUGCUCAUGAUGCCACCACCAAGAUCUCCAUUGACAAGUUCGACGGCGACAACUACGCGACGUGGAGCCGCUACAUGCGUGGCGUGUUCCUGACCAAGUCGGCGUGGCACGUGGUGAACCGGGAUACCACCCCCACCUUCGCCGAUCCUCGCGCCAGUGACGACUACGUCAAGACGAACAACAUUGCGUUCGGCUUGAUGCUUCUGCACAUAAGCGCGGAUUAUCAUCACGUGGUUGAUGACUGUGAAGAGGCGUGGGUCGCGUGGGCGCGUUUGAAGACGCUGUACGGCGGGUCGCAGAAGGCUGGACGCAUCUACUUGAAGCGCCAGCUGUUCAGCAUGGAGAUGGCGGAAGGCGGCGAUGUGAUGCAUCAUUGCAACGAAGUCCUCAACAUCAGCGCGAAGCUCAGCAGCAUCGGCGCCAAGAUGGAGGACGAGGACGUGGCGAUCUGCUUGUUGCGCAGCCUUCCCAAGAGCUACGAGAACGUCGUUCUCAACUUGGAGAUGAGCAGCGCGGAACUGCGAUCGCGAGACGUCGUGAGAGUGCUCACGAAUGAGCACAUCAAGAGGCAAGGUGACAAGACGACAUCGGUGAAGACUGAAGACGCGGCGAAGGCGUUCAGUACCGAGCGUGAACCUCGCCAGUGUACAUACUGCGGAAAAUUGGGGCACACGGCGGAGCGGUGCUGGACCAAGCAGAAGGACGAAAAUCAAGGUGGAGCUCGACGCGGCGGCAACAAUGCUCGUGGACGCGGAGCCAACAACGUUCAGUGGCGAACCAACAACAACAACAACGACGACAACUACGAUCGAGUUGCGUUCGCGGUUUCGCUGGAGGCUGGACUUUCGACGGGCAAGAAUAUGCCAGGGAUGUGGGCAGUCGACAGCGGUGCGACGCAUCACAUCUGCAACGACAAGGCCAAGUUUGCAAGUCUGAAUGAGCGAGAGGAAGGCGAACUUAUUGAGGGUUACCGGUACAAUCCGAACCUAGCGCGUAGUUCUUACGAGAUAGUUUUUACAUCGGUAAUUACCUCAGAGAUGAUUAGACGCGUAGGAUGA